AUAUUUUGUCUUCACCAUGACAAUAUUAACUUCAGCAAAUGGAAAAACCGAAGUUGUGACAAUCAGGAAAACAGAAUCUGCGGAUGUUCAUAACAUCAUCACACUUCAAACAGAAUUCUCUGACAGACUGUUUGGAAAAGUAAAUGUUAUAUACUUGCUAGAAAAGGCUAACCUGGCUGUGACCAUCAGCAAUGAGGACAAUAGUGUGAUAGCCCAUGCUGCUCUGGUGGAUUAUCCGAAUUGGGAUUUUGUGGAUCAGGCCGAAUGGGAAGCAUGGCUGCACAAGGACGUAGAGGGAAGCAGCAAGUGUACACCUCUGAACACAUUAUUUCUGCACCUUUUUGUGGCCAAAGAUGAAUAUUCAACGGAAAGCAUCCAGGAAAUAAUUAAAGUUGUAUUCGACGCAGUUCCAGAAGUGCACUUCAUAUUUCUCAUUAUUCCACAAAAUGUUGAUUUAGUCCCUGCAUUAGAAUCUGUGUUUGAACCCAUGAAGAUGGUUCCCGGGUCGGAGAUUGCUGCUCAUUAUUCUGUGUUUGCGUGUUACAGACACAAAUACCGUCCACAGUUGUUCAUCAGGGAAGCAAGAGUUGAAGAUAAUGAUGACCUUGUGCCAAUUUUUGCACAGCAUAAUGACAGUCUGAAAGCCAUAUACGGAGAAUACUUUGUGGCAGAGUUGAUCGAGGCCCAAAAUGAAGAGAACCAUGUUAUUAUUUGUGAGGACAAAGGCACUGCUGUAGGCUUCAUGAGCAUUUGUUCCGAAGUGAAUGUCAAACUGCUUCAGGAAUGCUUUGACCUGGGGCCUUUUCAUGGACUGUGUAAACCACACCCUGAUGACGUUCUUCAUCCGAAGGAGGAUCCAGGAGCUGAGAAAGAAAAUAAUGUAUUAAGCAGACAAGCAAGCCAAAGGUCAUGUUCCGUCUUGUCCCAGCUGUCAGAAGCCAUCAGUGUCCCUGAUACAGAUGAGAAGAUGGGUGUGAAAGUCCAGGAAGUGCUUGCAAGCGAAGAAAACCACAUUACGGAACCUGUCAAAGGUGGUCAUGAAUUCAAACAGACUGGAAUUCAAAGCAUGGCUUCCAGUACAGAUGAUGCCAUCAGCAGUAUGAAUUGCAAAACCCCAGAGAUGCCUCACACAGAAAGCCACCCCUUUCAGCCAGUGUACCAGGGUGACGUCACCGCUUUCUGCAUCCAGCUGUUUUGCAUUGAUGAAGAGCAUCAGUCGAGAUCAAUCGAUUUUUUGAACUACGCAUUUAAACUUUUUCCAGAUAAAGAUUUUUGCAUUAUUACUGUGCCUACUCUCACCCCCGAAUUUCCUUUGAUCCAGUGCUUUGUGCGUGCUGUCCCUCUGAGCACAUGUACUUUGUCCCAGGAGUUGUAUAUUUUCCACCGUGCUGGUUUGAUCAACUUGUUGGAAGUAAGGGCAGCUAAGUCCAGUGAUGUUCCAGCUGUUACAAAACUCAUCGAGACACUGAAUCUUAACAAAAGUAUAUUGGAUGAUCUGAACAUUUACAAUCAAGCACGGAGGGAUGCUGAUGGGACUCCCGUUCAGGCAUUUGUUGCUGAAGUUGCAAGCCAAAUUGUUGGUGUUUCUGUCCUGAGAAAUGAAGAGGAGAUUGAAUACAUCCGAUCACAUUACAAUAUUGAAGAUUUUAUUUACUUCAACCACUACCAACGCGAUGAACACGGUCACCUUCAGCACUUCGUUCUGAACCCAAUAUAUAAGCACUACAGCAAGCAUUUCCUGGAAGAGGUUCUCCGCCUGUCUCACAAAUCCUCCCUCUAUUACCCUAUCUAUCCAACAGAGGAAGCAAACCAGCUUAAGAAUCCCUGUGCCCAUUCUCUGACAUCUGCCCUUCAUUACAUGGUUCCCGUGCGACCAAGACGACAGAUUGUCUAUCCUCUAGAAAAGCUUGGCAUAAACGCUCCAUCAAAGCACGUCUCUAAGGAUCAGCCAGGCUAUGCUGUGUACCACACCAAUCGAAAGCUUACCUUUGAACCAAAGAUUUCCAUCAACGCCCGAAUUGUGGUGGUCGGAGCAUCCGAUGUUGGCAUUUCUUUUCUGGAAACCCUUGUGCUUUGCCCACACUUGAAGUUCAACAACAUAACUCUGAUCUCAACACAUGGUUUUCCUUAUAACAAGUCACCUGACACUUCAACCAACUAUAGGUUUCUAGCCAGCAGCCACUGUUAUGAUGAUAAAGAUUACGCAUUGAUGUCACUUCGGUCCUGGGUUAAUGUUGUGGUUGGUAAAAUGACAGGCAUAGACAGAGCUGCCAAGUUUGUGACUGUUUCCAAUGACAGAAAAGUGCUAUAUGACCAUCUAAUUCUCUGUACUGGGCAACAAUACCAGGUUCCCUAUCCAACUGGAGCAGAUAUUAGUAAGCUGGUAACUAAUCGAGAAGUGCAAGACUAUUCUAACCAGAGGUAUACAGGGAAAAUUCCUUCAAAUCUAUUUAUUCUGCAAGACAGUGACGACUGUUUGAAGGCAAUGAACUGGUUGAAAGACAACUUUGUCGGAAAUGAAGGUAAUGUUAUUGUAUAUGGGAAUACACUGGAUAGUUACACCACUGUUUCAACCCUUUUGUCCAUUGGAAUAAGUGGUCAUCGCAUCCAUCUAGUGCAGCCUCCUUUAACCUCCAAUGUUACCUGCUUUAACAACCCGGUUAUAGAAGAAACCGUACACAAAGCCUUGGCAGCAUCUGGGGUCACUUCCUACUACAGUUGUAAGCUGGCGCAAUGGAACGAUGGUGCUCAAGCAGAAACUAUUGAAAAUGCCUCUUUCACUACAGACACUAAGCCACUGAAGUUAAAUUGCUGUGUAUUUUUUAGCUUUGCUCAGAAGAAGGUAGAUUUUGAUGCUUUUCGAGCCAUAAACGAUGCAUGUCUGGUGUAUGACGGUCGGCUGGUAAUUGAUUCCACAUUCCAUACAAAUGAUAUUUCCAUAAGGGCAGCAGGAUCCCUAACUAAGUACUCCAAGAGGUAUUAUGCAGAUGGAUGGUCGCAUAGCAAUUUCAGCUCCAAGCAGAUAGGAUUCCAGCUUGCUGCCAAUGUGCUGCAUCUGUUUGAUCCGACACUUGAGCAAGUCAAUGAGAUGCCAGAUGACAGUCUCAUCCCAACCUACCAAGGACCAAAAAUUCAAGGUGGCGUUGUUCCGGGAGGGUAUUACUACCUACAUGUUGCCAAACCUGCAAUCCCAUGUCCAUUACAAGCUCAGAUGACGCAAUCGAAUUAUGGACAAGAAUUUGUUACAGGGAGUACAGUGAACAGUGACUACUUUCGCCUACACAUUAAUCAGUACAGUAUGGUUGAAACAAUAACUUGCUUAUCGCUGAAUCCUUUUCCUGAAUCCAAUUUCAUUUGCCUGUACGGUCAGCAUGAGCGUUUACUGAACAACCUGUGUUCUCGGUUUCAAGAGGGGCUGAUCAAGGACUUUUACAGCUACUUCAUGGAAGCAUGGUGCAUGGCCAUCUAUCACGAUCGGUUUAUUGAUUUCAAGAAAGAGCUACGCGAAAUCCUAGCAUUCGAGAAAGUUGAUGGCCAACCCUCCAUGAGCCAGUUAAUACGGGACGUGAUGGAAGAUAAAUUAAGCCUUGCAGAGCAGCCUAAACAAUACUUGAAGAGAGUACUAGAGGAGAAUGGAUACAGAAAGGAUAUGGAGAAGAGUAUCCUGAGUUAUUUGAAUUACAACAGCAACCUCUUGUCCAUGUUUGCAAGACCUGGAAUAGUUUAGCUUUUUUCUUUAACACUCUUUUUCCAGUGGUUGAGCAACAAAUGAAUUAAUGAAAAGAAAGAAAAAAAAAUACACCUGAAUUUGUAUUCUGUUAUGUCACCUGAAGGGGGAGCUAGUACUUACUUUAUAUUGCCCAAGAAAUAGCAUGAACAAUUAUAUUUUUUUGUUUCAUCCUUUGAAUUUAUUUUUGUUCCCAGUUACUGUCAACAACAUGAUGUUUAUCACUAAUUUCACUUACUAUAUUUGUUUUGUCUUUUUUAAUUUAUAUUUUAAGUAAAAGAUGAAAUGCACAAAGGAGGCACCUGUUAGUGCACUGCAAUCUAUAGACGGGAUUUAAUGUAUGCGACUAGGGAAACGGUACAGAUAGUAAUUUGUACGUCUUGCUCCAAAGUCCCCGAAUAUUAUUAAUGCAUUGUUUAUUAAAUAUGUUAAUAAUGCUU